AUGGCAGAAGGCGUCUUCCGCAACAUGGCCGCCUCACACCCGCUCAUCAGCGAGAUCGACUCCGCUGGCACGGGCGCCUACCAUACCAUGGAGCCGCCGGAUUCGCGCACCAUGGCCACCCUCCGCAAGCACGGCAUCACCAACUACAACCACGCCGCCCGCAAAGUCACCAAGGACGACUUUCUCACCUUCGACUACCUCCUCGCCAUGGACAAGUACAACCUGCGCGAUCUGUUGGACGUGCGCGAGUCUGUUGUCGCGUCGAUGAAUAAGUCCGGCGCAUCGCGUGGCGCCAAGGCCACCCGUGCCGGCACGGCGGCGUCGCUGGCGGCGGCUGGUGAGGCCGGCGCGAAGGUCGCCGAGGUGCGGCUGUUUGGAGAUUUUGGGGCUGGCGGAUCCGUACUAUGGUGGGGUGAAUGGGUUCGAGGAGGUUUAUCAGCAGGUCGUGCGGUUUUCGAGGGGUUUCUUGGACUACAUUGA